CUGUCUCAUCCUAACCAGUAAGGUUCUUCUGUUUCACUACUUACCAAGUCCCACCCCCACAAAAGCCAUGUUCCAAUAUGUUGCACUGAUGAGACCUAACAAGGUCAAAACAGGCCAUCUACAAGUUUACUCUCAGUUGUUAGGCUGUCUCUAUGCUGUUAAACCAGCUGGUCUGGAUGCAUAGUUUGCCACAGGGAUAUUAAGUCAUUUGCAUGUCCCCACCCAUAAUUAAAUAAGCGAUGGUUAAAGCCACUAAUUUUUGGUUUUAAGAUAGUGUUAUUUGUGUAGCACGAGGCAUAUCAACACAUUCCGAUUUAAGAAGACUCUUGAUGCAUGUCUUGCAUUUAAAAAAGGUUUUUUGGCUCCUUUGAGUCCUUCAUACCCUAAAAUAAAUGUUUGUAAGGUGUGGCAACAGUUUAAGGUCUGCAGGACCGAAGUCUUGGUUUUUAUGUAGUGACUGCUAAUUAAUGUUUCCAGUACAGUACAAUCAGUAUUGUGUAUGCGGGUUAAAAUUUCCAUGAAUUGUAAAAGUUAUAGUCAGUGUUCCCUCUAGUUGUUCCAAUUCUCCAAAUAUAUCAUUUGUGCUCAGUCAUUAAUAAAUAGAGCAGUAGGUGAAUAAAAGCAAAUGUUGGGUUAUGUGUGACUAUGGAAGGGUUAAUCUUGCUGAUGUCUGUUCUUUGCAUUCAUAUUUAAAUCCUGAACAUGGAAAGUGACCCAGUAUUAUGUUUUCCUUUUUAGGCAAGUGACUGUGAAGUAGCUCUGACUUUUUUUUGCUUGAACACCUUGUCCUUGUAGCCAGGGUUGCUACGUUGCCAACCUGUUUAACAGUGGCAGGACAGUGAAGGGCAGCCUGAUAUUGCUGAAACUUACUGCACAGAGAGACUCGCUUAUAAUAAAUUCAUAGGCAACUGUGUUAUUAAUAGGUCCCUCCCCCUUAUUCCCCACACUUCCUCCUUUUUUAUCACUAUAUAAUACCCUUUUGUAAGAGCCACACUUAGGCUGAAACACAAGCAAUCAAUAUGUGUGUUACAGUGGACUUUGCAUCUACUAUACGGAUUAACCUGUAGCAGGUGGAUUAUACACUGUUUAAGCACCAAGCACCUACAAAGGUUUUUUUCCAGGUUGAACGUUCUUGAGUUAUAUUGCAAAGCGACAGGCCAGUGAAACAAAGGGGCAUGGUAAUGUGUGAAGAGGUGAAGAGGGACAGAUCGGCCACCAAUCCAGAAGAAAUUGGGUGAAUAGGGUGGACAGGAAGGCAAAGGGGAGAAGGCCCACCUACAAGCAGGGAUCAGGGGCAGAAAACAGGGUUGAGUACCAGAAGGAGGGCAGCCAUGGAGAAGGGAGGUAAUAUACAGCUAGAAAUCCCAGAGUACAGCAACUCUGUCCUGAGCCACCUAAACCAGCUGCGAAUGCAAGGCAGACUGUGUGACAUUGUUGUCAAUGUACAGGGACAGUCAUUCCGAGCCCACAAAGUUGUGCUAGCUGCUAGCUCCCCCUAUUUCCGUGACCACAUGUCCCUCAAUGAGAUGAGCGCAGUCUCACUUUCGGUAAUCAAGAAUCCUGGUGUGUUCGAGCAGUUGCUUUCAUUUUGUUAUACAGGACGGAUCUGUUUGCAGAUUGCUGAUAUUAUUAGUUAUUUGACAGCUGCCAGCUUCUUGCAGAUGCAACACAUCAUAGACAAGUGCACUCAAAUUCUGGAGGGCAUCCACUUGAAAAUUAGUUCACCGGAAUCUGAGGAAGAAUUAAGCCAGAGUCGACCGAAACAUGCAGAGAGGGUACAAGAUGCUCACCGUGUUAGCCAGAGCCUGAGCCGUUCUUUAAGUCCUAGACACAGCACUCCUCGUAGUUCAGGGAGUAGAAGGGGUCAGGUAAGCACUGUGUUGGACAUUCGGGAGUUGAGCCCAGCUGAAGAAUCCACAAGCCCUCAGAUGGUCGAGCAGGGAUCUGAUGUGGAAAGCAGAGAGCCUAUCCUGAGAAUCAACCGAGCGGGUCAGUGGUAUGUGGAGACAGGGUCAGCAGACCGUGGAGAACGCAGUGAUGAUGAAGUCAGGGUGAUGGGGGCAAUGCGAAUUAAGACUGAGAACCUUGAGGAGUGGUUGGGGCCAGAGAACCAGCCCUCUUGUGAAGACGGAAGCAGUGCAGAAGAAGUGACUGCCAUGGUGAUCGAUACCACAGGACAUAGUGCUACUACACAGGAAAGCUACAGUUUGGGGUCAUCUGGAACUAAAGUAUCCAGACCAACAAGCAGUGAAAUAGACAGGUUCAGCCCCUCUGGCAGUGUAGUUACUAUGACAGAGAGACACAGAGCAAAGAGUGAGUCUCCAAGGAGGAUGGAGGAACCAAAGCAGAACAGCUCACAGGGAGAUGAUGCAGGCGUUAUUGGAGUGAGUGGAUAUGUAGAAUAUCUCCGUGAGCAAGAGGUGUCAGAACGGUGGUUCCGCUACAACCCACGGCUGACGUGCAUCUACUGUGCAAAGUCUUUUAACCAAAAGGGCAGUUUAGAUCGUCAUAUGAGAUUGCACAUGGGCAUCACUCCAUUUGUUUGUCGGAUGUGCGGGAAGAAGUAUACACGAAAAGAUCAGCUGGAGUAUCAUAUCCGAAAGCAUACUGGAAAUAAGCCUUUUCACUGUCAUGUGUGCGGAAAAAGCUUCCCUUUUCAGGCCAUACUUAAUCAGCACUUUCGCAAAAACCAUCCUGGCUGUGUUCCAUUUGAAGGGCCACAUAGCAUUUCCCCUGAAACCACCACUGUUGUCACUUCCAGGGGUCCAACAGGAGAAGAAUCCCCCUGUCAUGAGGAAGCUGUGGGCGUGGCCCCAUCAGCAACAGUUGAGGUUGCAUAUGGAGGAGAGUCAGCUCACGGCUCUGUUUCUACAACAGGACCAGAUUGAAAAACAGCAUUUUAUAUUUAAGGUUGACCUUUAAAAACAAAUUUCCUCCCUUUUACCUCAGCAGCCCCAAACAUCACUUAUUUUCUACUGUUCAUUCAUACUCCACAUAUGAGGCGUCAUGAGUUGGCAGCAGAAGAAUGUCAAAAUACUGAAAAUUGUAUUGCCAAAAUCAAACACAAGGAAAAAUCUUUAUCAGCAUCCGCUGGGCUCUCAUCCAUGUUUCCAAGAGCAACCGCAUUUUUGUUGAAAAGACGGCUGUAGGAGGAGAAGUAUCUUUUUAGUGACUAAUCACUGCAUUUUUACAUUUACAGGUUUCAGCUAAUAGAUAUGGGAGUGUAAAUGGUGAUACUAAGAGUUUUUAUAUAACAUUAACUAGUGAUGCAUCUAUUCCUGGAAAUGACAGGGUAGAAGCAGCACAUAUUUAUUGCAAAGGCUUCCUUUUAAACAAGGUGUAAAGCUAGUGUCCCAUGCAAACGUUAAGGGAAAGAAGUUAAUAUUAAGGUGCUUUUAACUGCUGAGUAGCAGAUUUGUGGAUUUUAUAACACACACACACACACACACAUACAUAUUAAGAUGGAAGUAGAUAUAUUCUAGCUGGUUCUUUAGGGAUUUACAUGUAGAAAUUUGCUCAACACACAAGCCAGCACACUCUCACUAGAUGCACAUAAAGAGCCCAGUCACAACAUGUUGUCUGCUAGUUUGUGUUUCCUUUUCUUCCAUCAACCCUUUGUAGCUCUUACUGUAAAAUUCAAACACAUACUGUACACAUUAUGUUCACCACUAUAAAACAAGACUCCUUAAUAAAUUAUAGUUAAAGGUAACAGUUUGUACUAAGCAUAAGAAUGAGGUGCAUGAUGUAUACAUCUUCAGUUUAUUUCAACAACCGCUCAUAGAUUUUCCUCUUCUGGUUCCAGUGAUGUUUAGAGAUUCACCAAUAACCCUGAAGUUGGAUCUCCUUUAAAACGUUCCAUAUGUAUGUGAGGUGGAAUUUUUGGUUUUCAAAAGCGACAGAGAUUCCUUUCAUGAUACAAGUUGGAACUGAAAAUGAAUGGCACUUAUUGAUUUAAUUAAACACUGCGAUGGAGACAAAAGACUUUGCUACCCUGGGGUGGGUGCCUGCCUUCCCCAACAUUUUGACUGUGUGAUUCUCUUUAUGAAACAAUCUGCAGAAACACUGCUUUUUACACAACCUAGUUUAUUUAAUAUGCAUUUCAUUAACCCCAAACCACCGAAAAUGUAUUGUGCUGUAUGCCUCUCAGGAAUGGGAUAACAGCAGUAUUUCAGAUAAUAUGGCGUGGCUUAUUUCUUACCAGACACAAACAGCAUGUGUGAUUAUUAAUACUUAUUCUUUUCUUUUGAAGCUUCUCUCUAUAAUAUGGCACAGCAUUAAUUCUGCUUGCUUCUUUCAGUUGUACAUUACUUUGAUUUAAUUUUUCUGGUGUCUCAUUUUGAUUACUCUGUGGAGCUUGUGUAGACUAAAGAACAGACCCAGUUCUCUUUACAACUCAGGGUAUUUAACUCAUACUAUACAAUGUACCUCUUGAGCUUAGAAUUUAGUAUUGUGCAAUGGGGAGAAGUGUUACAGAAGUUGAAAUUUUCUUCCAUCUGAUACCUGCAUGCAACAUUCUGACUAGCUGGGAAUUAGCAUCCCACUCUUUAAAAAAAAAAAAUGAACUUUUAAGAAAGUUAUUAAAUCAUCAGAAUUUUAGAAAAUUGUUGGGAAAAGGGACUUAAUGGGCAAUCAUUAGUUUCAUGUUAUGAAACUAAUGGUUAAUAUUGUCAUAGUGAAAGCUAAUACUGUAUUCAUGACACUGGGCAGAGUACUUUAACCACUUGCCCUUUGAUGGAAAAAGCAUCUUUGCUUACAAUGUUUUAAACCAUAUUCUUACAGGAGUGAAGAAACAGGAGGUUUUAUAACUGUAAAAUAGCACUUUAAAUACAAGCUAGCCUGUUCAAUUAAGGCAAUAAACUCACCUCAUUGAAUUAGGUUGAUACAUUCGGUGCUACCAUUUUAGCACUGCAAUAAUAUACAUGUGUUUGGGGAGUAGAAUUACUGUAAUAGUCCUGAAACAUUUCAGUAUUUUAUACAAGGAGAACGUAAAAUCAUACAUUUCAUUUGAAUUUGGCAGAUGACUGCCCUUUCAACCAUAGUGGUUGUUAUAAUUGAGAUGUAUGGACCAGGUAAUUUAAUUAUGGUCUAGGUCAAUGCUGUUUACUUCUUCUGUUAGUAGCCAAAAUAACCAAACUACCAAUCUUUUAGAGGCUAAACAAUAACAUCAAAAAGAGAAACAUAUGGCAGGCCCUUGAGCCUCCAAACAGGUUUAGAGUCUACCAAAUGGACAAACAGAAUACAGUAAAAUUCAACUGUUCUGUAGCAUAGUAUGCAGACUUUGUUCCCUGUUGUACAUUCAUGUUAUCACUCGUGACAAAAGGGCCAACUGUAUGAUUACUGGUUUGUAUAUUACAAAUUUUAACAGCCUACAAUGCCUAGAAAUGUUAUUUUCUUCUGCCCAAGAGUCGCCAAUCCAUUGCAAAUAAAGGACACAUUCAUUGUAGUUUCCAGUAUUUUGUAACUGGAAAUGCAGCCCAUGUUAGACUUGAGCUCUUUUCAGUGGAAAGGGUUCAGGUUAAACUAGCCAAUACAAACACCAUAGACUGUGCAAUCUUCAAAGCAUUCACUGCAACAUCAAAAUAGUGUCCUUCAACCAAGUGGGAUAUACAAAGUCAUUUGUUUUACUUAUCGGACAAGAUAUGUCUUGUACUACAUGAUACCUCCUCCAGUCAUUAAACAUUAACCAAAAUUGUACACUAUUCCUCAUUUUUUGAAGGGGGGAACCACAAAACUAAGCGAGCUUUGUGGUUCCCCCAUCACAAAAUGAAGAAUAUAAUUGGUGGCUCACCUGCUGUAGCUGUUACAAACAGAUGGAGACAUUUGGAAGGCAAACACAUUUCCUUACUCUUGAGUGUGCAACCCACUAAUUCUUAACUCGUUCGUAUAAUUGCUAUACAAUAUGACUAAAUGCAUGGUAGCAUACUUACAACCUACAACUCCUCUCUAUGAUAUGGUGCCAUCUAUCUAUGCAGUAUGUUUGUGACAAAGCGAAUAAGUAAUCCACACUCAGAAGUGAAACUAAAGUAACCUCUGUGUAUAUUAUGAGUAUUUACCUUUCUAAAUGCCCUGUGCAUUAAAGGGAAUAUAACCCCCUUUAGAGACAAAAUAUAAUGUACUUAUUUAAAUACACUGAUGCACUUGAGCCCAUUCCAGCUCUGUGUGACCAGUUGUCCAGAGUAUAAAAAUUGCUUCAAAGUUUGCAUUUAGUGGCUGAUACAUGUGGCUUAUUGGUCAGAAGCUGCUGUGCACAGGGCAUAAAGAAAGCAUUGCUGUGUUUAUACGUUAUAUUUUGCUAUGUGCAUACUGUGUUGGUCACCUGACUGACCCAGUACUUUUUAUAAGAUACACACAGAACAGCCCUUUAACAUUCAGAAUAUUUUUCUUCUGGUAGCAAGAAACACCCACAGAGUGGAGGAUAUUUUCCUGUAGCAUAUUUUUAUGUUGUCUACAAUAUACUGCUGAUGGGUGAGCAUUGUUUUGAUCAAGUAUUUCUGGUGCUUUUAUUAUAUGAUGGCUCUCUAUUGAGAAUGCAUCUUUCAAGCUGAGUAUGGCAAUUGGUCUUUCUCUGCUGUCAAGUUUCUACUGUGAAUGAUAAUGGAGUGCAAGAUGACCUACACAAGCAAAGCAGUAAGUGAAAAUGUUGCCCAAAAUCUCAAAAAAAAGGAGUACUGUUUGCUUGAACUAUAGGUGCCACAGUCAUGCACUCUAGUGAUUAUAUAUGCUCAGGAUGUAGGGCUUAUUGAGUACUGAAUAACACUCAGAUGCUUAAAGUAACAUUGUCCCACCUCCCUCAAAUGGGCUAAAAUGUAAUAUCAAGUGAACGUGAUGUGCAAUCAACUAACCCAAGAUUAUUUACUGUUUGUUACUUUCCUGGUAUCUGAUGUUUCUGUUCUAGAAAGGGUGAGAGAUCCACCAUCUAUAAUGGUUGAGAUUUUUAUUUUGGAACAUUCAUUCUUUUGCUCCAUCAGCUUCUUUUCAAGCAUAUUUUGCAUUGAGACAGGGAGUACUCGGAGCCAAACCUCACCUCAAGAUACACUAGCUAAAUGUGAAUGACAAACCAGACUGUUUCAAAGAGCAAAGUAAAUUUGUUGUUCUUCAAAGAAAGUUUCAGCCGCUUCCGUUUAUUCUUUUACAUGUGGUGCAUUGGACUGCUGUAUGUUUACUAUUCAAUAGGCCGCUGUCUUCUGGAAUAAAGGAUGCUUAUGGGCA